AUGCAAUCCUCUCAUCCUUCCUUGGCAGAAACUCCCCCUCCACACAUCAUCCACACCCAACCAUUUCCUUCCGCUGAUGAUGAUGAUGAAUUUCAUAGCAAUGCUUUCAAUCCAUUUGCUAUGAACAACAACAACAACUUGAACGACUCAAUCAACCCUCUCAACAACGGGUUGCAUGAAGAGGCUUCUUCUUUCCGUUUUGAUUUGAAUGAUACCCCCUCAACAACAACAACAACACCUUUGCCAAUCAACAACAACAACAAAACCACCACCACUACCACCACUAUGAAUCCAUCCAUCACCACAGCAUCCCUUGUUCUCAACAACAAAAAACUCCUCGAUUAUUGCCAUCCUGCUGCUUGGCUCUCCUUCUUGGUGGUCUUGGUCGUCUUUCUUGCCAUAUCCGGUGCUUGUUUAAUGUAUCCUGUUCUGUAUUUGAGAGAUUUCUCUUCGGAGAAGACCAUCGUAGAGAGUACAAGUAUUACUCUGAAACCCUAUUACGUUUUGUUUUGGCAGUUCUAUAAGGGUUACACUCCUCCCUUUUUACAGGCAACUAGGAAAAUUCAAGUUCCAGCCAAUGCUCGAUUCAUGUUGUACUCGUUUACUUCAAAUUCAAGUGUGGAGACGAUGGUGUUUAGAAACACAAAGGAAUACUAUCAUUCACUCAUGAAAGCGACAGACGACAUGAUUUGGAAGGGAAAUCUCAACGAGACGAAUUUCCUUCUCGAAUAUCCAUUAGAAAGAAGUUUUUUCUCCAUUUCUGAAAAUACUUUUGCUUCGAGAUUGUUUGCAACAAGAAUUGUGAAUGACACGACAGGAGAAUCCCAACAACAAGGGUGCUGA